CUGGAGGAGAUCGUGGCUCGCACCGGCGAGGUCACCGUGCUUGCGUGGUCAGGGACAUCGUCCUCGUACAACAGCUGUCUCCCGGCUUCCGUUUCCGUCUACAGCCAAAUUCCUUACAUCCCUCCGUCACUCGAAGGGGAAGAAAUGGAAAUUCGCAUCACGAAAUUACGUGACGAGUUGCCGAAGGAAGUUCUCCUAAGCAUCUACAAUCAGAUCAACCUUCUUCCACCCGCGCGUUUUGGUGCCCAACGUCUAUAUCUUCCAUGCAUCAUCUUCCCCGUCAGAAAACUGGAGCUACGCAGAGGCAGUGAGAAGCUGUAUCGUGCCAAGGUAUCAAGGCUUGGAAAAGUGGAGUUCUCGACCGCCGACGAUCUCCCGCUGCACGAGGCACAGACAUUUAUCCUCAUGACCCGGAGUCUGGAUACUAACUCUGACGGCGAUUCGGAUAACGGCACUGAAUCGGAUGGAGAUGCGCCGUCUUCGCCAUUACACGCUGUCCCCCCUCAAGUUGAUGGCUAUACUCGAGCACUGCAAGUGAUUGCUCGCCUCGGACAGCCGUUCAACGCGUUGCUUCUUGCACAACAGCCGAAAGGAGGUUACAGGAGGGUCGCCACAGAGAAAGAGAUUGUCGUUUCGGGACUUGGAACUAACAUCACCUUGAGCAUUCGGGUGGGGGUGUUGGAAAUCCUUUGACGUGUGCAUGGGGGAUUUGCUGGUCGUCAAAGCUGGUCCGUCUUUCUUCCUUUAGCGGUCACUUAUGGUGUACUUUCGUGCUGUUUGUUGCCUUUGUCCAUCGUCCUCAUCGUGCUCCUUACGUUGUCACAUCUGCUGUUCAUAUAUGCUACGCGCGGCCCCAUCUGGGCCAACCAAUGCUGCCCGUCAGCCAAUAUACUACUACUCGAUGUAUUCUCUCGAUACUUAUUUCACAACGAUCCCCACAAUUCGCUCUCCAGCCCCGAUCAGGG